AUGGCUGAUUCACGAAAAAGACAACGUCUCUCUGAGGAUGUCUCUGAUGCCCCGGAAUUAGCACCAGCAGUCUCCGAAAAUGAUCCAGACCGGCCCUCCAAGAAAGCAAGAAAAGAAACAAAUGCUUCUGCUCGCCGCACGCUUUUCGUUCGCUCCCUCCCCGCCAUAGCCACCAGCGACAAAUUGACCGAAUUGUUCUCUCAAAGCUACCCCCUCAAACAUGCGACUGUGGUUAUGGACACUGAGACCAAGCAGUCAAAGGGCUAUGGAUUCGUUACAUUCGCAGAUGCAGAAGAUGCUCAACGAGCAGUGGAUGAAUUCAAUGGCCAUAAAUUCUUGGGUCGAAACAUGCGCAUUGAAAUUGCGCAGCCACGGUCUCGCGAAGUUACCAAGGAUGGGGCGUUGGGCGGAAAGAAAAAGAGUACAAUCUCUGCAGAGGCAGCUGCAAUUAAAAAGGCCCGUUUGGAGGAGAUGGCGGAGGCUCGAAAAUCACCCAAGCUGAUCAUUCGAAAUCUUCCCUGGAGUAUCAAGACAACCGAGCAAUUGGCGGAACUGUUCAAGAAAUUUGGCAAAGUCAAGCACUCUACACUUCCCAAAGUUAAGGAUACACAGGCUGGGUUUGGUUUUGUGGUUAUGCGGGGCAAGAAAAAUGCAGAAAAGGCCUUGGCUGCAGUCAAUGGAAUCACAGUAGAUGGAAGAAUGCUGGCGGUUGAUUGGGCUGUAGAGAAGGAGGCUUGGGAGAAGCAAAAGAAAGAUGCCGACUCCGAUGCGAAGGAUGAGAGCGAUGAUGGUGGAGCGACAGUGGCAGAUGAGGAGCCCAAAUCCGAAAACGAGGAAGACGAUGUUGCAAACUUCUUCAAGAAUUUUGGUGAUCAACUAGAGUCAGAAGAUGAGGAGGAAGCCGAGCAGAUUGACCUUUCCGACGAAGAGGACUCUGAUAUUGUAGAAAAGGACAACGAAGAGAGCGACGUUGAAAGUUCAGAAUCCGAUGAAGAGCCAGAAGACAUAAAACCACAAAAGGUCCUCAUAAACGACAAUUCCACCACCCUUUUCAUCCGCAAUCUACCCUUCACAACCCUCGACGCCGACCUAAAAGAACACUUCAACCAAUUCGGCCCAGUGCGCUACGCUCGCGUCGUGAUGGACCGCGCAACCGCCCGUCCAAAAGGCACAGGCUUCGUCUGUUUCUUCAAAGUCGAAGACGCAGAUUCCUGUUUCCGCAACGCACCUCGUGGUGCCCCCAGCGGCGCAAACGCCAUCAAUGCCGCCGUUUCUAAAGUCAAGCAUUCUCUCCUCGAAGACGAGAAUGCCGACUCAGCUGGGAUGUACACGAUCGACGGCCGUGUGAUGCAAAUUUCAAAGGCAGUGGAGAAGGAAACUGCUGUCAAGUUGACGGAACAGGGGACGAGCUUUAGGGAUGACCGCGAUAAAGAUAAGCGCAAGCUUUACCUACUGUCAGAAGGAACUGUCGCUGCUGGUACCGCACUGUAUGAAAUGCUUGCACCGUCUGAAAUCAAGUUGCGAGAAGACAGUGCUACGCAGCGUAAGAAGCUGAUUCAAAACAACCCCACGCUCCAUCUCUCCUUAACCCGUCUCUCGAUCCGCAAUCUACCUAAAAACAUCAACUCCAAGGACCUCAAAGCUCUCGCAAGAGAAGCUGCAGUCGGAUUCGCGAAAGAUGUCAAAGCUGGUCUACGAGCUCAGCUUUCAAAGGAGGAAGAGUCUCGUGGCGGUGAUGAGAUGCGGGAGGCUGAGAAACAGAGAAAGCUCAAGGGCAAAGGAAUAGUUCGCCAGGCUAAGAUUGUGUUUGAGGGCCGCGAGGGAGCCAAGGUUUCCGAGGAAAGUGGUGCGGGACGCAGUCGUGGAUAUGGAUUCGUGGAAUAUAGUUCUCACCGCUGGGCACUCAUGGGGUUGCGAUGGCUCAAUGGUCAUGCGGUGGAAAAUUCCAGUGGGAAGAAACAGCGUCUCAUCACUGAGUUCGCUAUUGAGAACGCACAGGUUGUGUCAAGACGUAAGGAGCGCGAGGAGAAGGCCAGGGUCAGGUCCAAGGAAGUUUUAGACGCACGUGAAAAGGGCGAUGCGCCCGCUAAGGAGAAGAUCGCGCCGAGGAAAGACACGACCAUGGCUAAGACGCGGAAGGGGAUGAAGGGCAAGAAGGGCCGUCCUGAACCAAAGCCCGAGAAAUCUUUUGACAAGGUCUUGCCAAAGAGAAAGCGUGAAGAUGAUGCUCCUACUCCUGCUUCUAGCAAGAAGUCCAAGAAAGGUGUAGCUUCGAGGACGGCAUCACCCCCGCGCGAUGACGCGAAGGUGUCGAAGCGUGGGUCGAUUAUUCAGAAGAAGCGGAUGCUGAGGAAAAAGAGGCAGCAGGGACAUGCAUGA